UCGACUUUAAAGUAAGGAGUUACAUGUCUUAAACAAAGAAAUCAAUUCUUGACUAGUCUCCCUCUCUGCAACUCUCAGCAGCAACUUUAGAAAACACACAGAAGAAAAGAGAAAUGGAUCUCCGUGAAUCGAUCAAGAACCAGACCGACGUCGCUUUAACCCUUUCAAAGCACGUCCUCUUAGGUGAAGCCAAGAGCUCUAAUUCAGUGUUCUCGCCGCUGUCGAUCCAGGUGGUGCUUGGUAUUAUUGCCGCUGGUUCGAAGGGUGCUACACUCGAUCAAUUGCUGUCUUUCCUUAAGUCAAAGUCUAAUGAUCAGCUUAGCUCCUUUUCGUCCGAGCUUGUUGCAGUGGCUUUUGCUGACGGAAGUGCCGCUGGUGGCCCACGAUUGUCAUUUGCCAAUGGUGUUUGGGUUGACAAGGCGCUAUCCCUCAAACAUUCUUUCAAACAGGUUGUGGAUAAUGUUUAUAAGGCUGCUUCUAAUAAUGUGGAUUUCCAAACUAAGGCUGUUGAAGUGGCUAAUGAAGUGAACGCAUGGGCUGAAAAGGAAACCAAUGGCCUAAUCAAAGAGGUUCUUCCUUCUGGAUCAGUUGACAAUUCAACUAGACUCGUAUUUGCAAAUGCACUCUAUUUUAAAGGAGCUUGGACUGAAAAAUUUGACGCAUCGAUUACGAAAGACCAUGAUUUUUACCUUUUGAAUGGAAGUUCAGUUCAUGCACCUUUUAUGACUAGCAAGAAGAAGCAAUUUAUUCGUGCCUUUGAGGGUUUCAAAGUCCUAGGUCUUCCUUAUUAUCAAGGUCAAGAUAAACGCCAAUUCUCCAUGUACUUCUUUCUUCCUGAUGCCAAAGACGGACUGCCUGCUUUGGCGGAGAAAGUGGGUUCUGAGUCUGGGUUCUUGGAUCACCACCUUCCACGUCAACAGGUCGAAGUGGGUGACUUCAGGAUUCCUAGAUUUAGGAUUUCCUUUGGAUUUGAAGCUUCUGAAGCUCUUAAGGGACUAGGGCUGGUGCUGCCAUUCUCUGGUGAAGGAGAUCUGACAGAGAUGGUGGACUCCUCUGUUGGUCAGAAGCUAUAUGUUUCAAGCAUAUUCCAUAAAUCCUUCAUUGAAGUAAACGAAGAAGGCACGGAAGCGGCAGCUGCUUCUGCUGGUGUUAUAAAAUUGAGGAGUCUGGCCUUUAGUGAUAAGAUUGACUUUGUAGCUGACCAUCCGUUCUUGUUCCUGAUCAGAGAAAACAUGACUGGGCUGGUGUUGUUCAUUGGCCAUGUGCUUGAGCCCUCACAGGCCAAUUGAGUCUUUGUAAUGGAGAACACAUGUAAGUAGAUGAGGCCUAAUACCAAUGAUUAAUAUCUGGUUCGCGUGUUGUAUAUUUGCUGCUCCCCUGGACCCCUGGUGCCUUGUUGGAUAGUUUAUCCCAAGACGCCAAGUUCUGUACAAAAGGAGUUUGCCUUGAAAUGGAGCUUUUGUUUUGUCUUAA